GACCCUGAGCUGGAGUAUGCCUUCUACCGCUUUCCGGUGAGGAAUGAGAUUCCCAGCACGGAGAGCUUCGAGAGCUGGACUCGUCGUUUUGAGAUGCCGGACAUAGAAUGGGACGAUGCCUCCCACCCUAUGCACUGGCGCAAACUGGGAGGUGUGCUGCUGAGACACUUCUCGCUGUCACCAACACUGGAGGAAAUACGCCUCCCAUCGGGGGCCUACUUCGUUGUCGUCCAAGCACGCGACAGCACGCAUGCAGUGAGCACGGCCUUCGCGGCUGCCCCUUGGGUCUCUGAGCUCGACAUCGAAGAAAGUGGGCUCCUGAAUCUCCUGGAUGCAGCUCAGAGCAGCAACGACGCUGACUCAAUGAUCAACACAGUGGGGGCAGUAGCCUCUUCGCCCAGUGCUGCGGAA